AAGUAAAUUAUCUGUUAUAUAUAUAAUUAUUAUGAAGCUCCAAGAUAGCUAUAAAUCAUUUGAAGAGUUCGAGAGCAGCUUUAGGGUCUACAAAGACGUGAAUUUUGUAGAUUUCUUUAUAAAAGACUGCAAGACAUUAACCUCCAUUAACGCGAAAUUUCCAAAUGGCAGAAUGAUGACAGCAUCCAGUGACUUAAAAUAUUACUAUAUUAAAUUUUGUUGUGUGCAUGGAGGAUGCUACAAAAAAAAAAAAACCCUUGACCAACGUUCUACAUCUACAAUGCGCCAAGGCUGUGAUGCUGGCAUUUACCUGAAGGCAUCAGAUGAUGGAAAAUCUCUAGUCAUCACAAAGAUGACUGAGGACCACAACCAUGAGGUUUCCAAGAUAUUGUAUGAUCAUCUCCCUAACCAAAGGAAAAUAACCCCCGAAAAUAAGGCCACCGUAUUGGAUGCUCAGAAAAUAUUAACAAUCAGGAUGUAG